ACCUAAACUAUAAUGAUAAGAUUGCAUACAUGAAAUAUUCGAGCGCAUCAAAUAUAGUAUUGUAUUCUCAGCAGCGCUCAGUAGACGCUCAUUGCAAAAUGAGACCAGUGCAAAAAUCGCUUUCCGAUAAGGCCUUUGAAAAGUUAGCAUGAUCGGAUUUGAUUAUCUCUUCAUUAGUUCAUGCUGGUUCUGGGUGAUUGCAGUAUUCAUAACGCGACGCACGUCAGUGAAGUGACCACACGGAGUCGUGAUAGACAAAGCAAUGGCGAGUUUCAAUCCAACAGAGCAUCAACACUUGCGAUACAACCCAUUAAACGGGCUAUGGAUACUGGUGAGUCCGCACCGCCUCCUACGACCUUGGGCAGGUCAAGAGGAGGCUACGGAAAUCAAUGAUAGGCCAGAGUUUGAUCCAACCAAUCCACUUUGCCCGGGAGUGACAAGGCCCAAUGGACAGAAAAACCCGCAAUAUACAUCAACCUUUGUCUUCACGAAUGACUUCCCAGCACUAUUGGAAGACGUUCCAGAACCACCGCAAAGUAAUGAUCCCCUAUUCCAAACUGCAUCCGCGAAAGGAACGUGCCGAGUUAUGUGCUUUCAUCCCAAAUCAAACAAAACAUUGCCCGUAAUGAGUGUGAGGGAGAUACGUGACGUUGUAGAUGAAUGGGUUAACCAAUUCAAUGAGCUCUCAAAGAAGUAUCUAUGGGUCCAAAUCUUCGAGAACAAAGGCCAAUCGAUGGGAUGUUCCAAUCCACAUCCUCAUUGCCAGAUUUGGUGCAGUUCCUUCUUCCCGAACGAGCCUCGCGUUAAGGACUCUCAUAUGCGGGAAUACUACCAAAAGCACGGAACGGCUCUACUGGACGACUAUGCUAAACGUGAACUACACCAAAGAGAACGCAUAGUAAUAGAAAACCCAGAUUGGCUAGUGGUCGUACCUUAUUGGGCAUCCUGGCCUUUUGAGACUAUGCUAAUUUCUCGAAAUCAGAAUAAACGCAUCAAUGAUUUGACUGACUCUCAAAAAACAAGUCUGGCUGCCGUAAUCAAGGAGUUGACGAUAAAAUAUGAUAACCUAUUCAAGUGCUCGUUCCCGUAUUCGAUGGGAUUUCAUGGCGCCCCAACAGGGAAUUUAACUGACGCUAAUAAUUCACAUUGGACUUUCCAUGCUGUCUAUUAUCCGCCAUUGCUUCGAUCAGCAUCUGUGCGGAAGUUUAUGGUUGGAUAUGAGUUGCUCUGUCAGACUCAGCGUGAUUUGACUGCCGAACAGGCAGCGAAACGUUUAAGGGAGCUAAGUGGAACCAAACAUUAUUCGGAAAUGUGAAGUGGGAGUGGAGUUUAUAUUAUAGUUAGUGAGUAGGACCAACAUUUUAGAGAGCAGUGAAUGAUGCACUACAUCAUUAGAGAAUCUCCAUUGAGAAAUGAUUGUCGAUAAUAUUCUCCCGAUUACUACAAGCAAUAUGUAGUCAGUCUUAAAGUUCUGGUUCAUAACAUUGCUUAUAGGCUCGAUUAUCAGAUUAUAUAUUUCUUGUGCCUAAUACUUACGUAUCCGUUUAUCAAUGUAUGAUAUCUAUAGUUAAGUAUCAAAACAGGGUUCACUUUUUGGUUUUACUGAAAUGUAUAUUUCUAGAUUUGUCUUUGCACUAGUUCAAAUAAAAAAAAUAAAGGAAAAGUGUCAUUUGGCCACUA